AUGGCGUCCCUCCCUGAUGAGCUAACCCCUAUCCCCGAGGCUGCAACAUCUAAGGAUUCGACAGCAUCUCAAGCUACAACAGAGGUGAAGAAGUCACUACCGGCUCCCGGUUCACAACCACCUCCAGGAUACAAAUUUGUCAAAGUUAGAAAGGCUGACGGAAGCAUUGCAACUGUCAAGCGAAAGCUUACCCCUGAAGAGGCAACGGCCGCCGGCGUUAACCUUGGAUCUACAGUAUCAGCGGAUUCGCAGGUCAACAAUUUCAAAAUUGUUACUGUUCGCAAGCCAGAUGGUACACUGGUCAAGGUCAAACGAGCUAUCAACACCGAUAACGGAGACGCAUCUGGCAAGACUACGCCUCAUGUAACCAAAGAUGUCCCAGCCAAGGCAUUGUCAGCUGAGGAGUCGAGUUCUCGAAGUCUCGAUACGCCUGAUGAAACCACAUCAUCUCCCAUGGCUCCCUCGGGCGAUUCUGGGAACCUUGGCGAAGCACUUGCAGACCAGAGGCAAUAUCAGCGGGCUCGUAAAAUGCACCGUUUCAAGACCUCCCUCGCCCGGGGUCUUGGAACCGUAGUUGCUGGUGCAUUGCCGUCCAUACACAUUGGCGACUUCCACGACGGCGAUGAAAUUGUCUCAGACGACGACUUAUCCGACGAUGACGGUGACGAUGAUAUACAUGGAACGGAUCACGGGGGACAUGACAACCAUUCAAUUGCAGACAAUGACGCUCUAGAGAAGGGGCACAGUCAUAAUGACGAUGAUCACUCCCAAAGCCACUUCUCCUUCGAUGGAGGCGCUGCUGCAGGUGGUAUCGCGAACGCAAUGGCAGCUACGGCAGCUGGGGCUCCUCCUACGCGAGCUCCUCCAGCUUAUAGCACGACCGCGAAGGAUGGAGCCAACGCAUCUGAAAAGGUGACUUUCAAGGUCACAGCUAAAGAGCUAAAUAUCAUUGAGCAAAAGGCUGCGGAGAAAGAAGCCGAGCGAUCUCUGCAUCGUCACUGGGCGAAUUUCUCCUUUUAUUUCAUGGCCAGUCUCAGCAUUAUUCUUCCUGCUCUAUUCCUAAUUCUUGCUGGGUUUAUCAUCGGCAUGAAAGGGAAGUCUGCGUACGGAGAUUGGUCCAAAAUGGAGAAUGCUAUCAAAGUGGCCAUCUCGGCCUGGCCUAUCGUCUUCGCGGCCGUCACUGCCCAGUGCUUCAAGUCUUGGGCUACAUAUAAAGUCGAACGCGGCAUCAAGCUCAUGGAACUCGAGCAAUUGGUGGGCAGCAACUCGUUUGGCAGUGCCAUGAAGCAGCCCUUCCUUCUUCGUCGCCUCGAUCUCCUAAGCUUGUUUCUCUUCGCAAUCUGGUGUCUAUCUCCCGUUGGGUCACAAGCAUUGCAGCGGGCGUACUCUAUCAAGAGAGACAUUCAGCAGGAUAACGUGGAAGUCUACUACCUCAACAUGAACGGCGAUAAUGAAAUUUGGGGACUAUCCACCACCUUAGAUUCCAAUCAGGUCGCGGACUAUGAACAGAUCAUCGCGACUGACUAUAUUGGCAACCUUUCUCCAGAUCCUGUUACAGCCUCAUUGGAUUAUGAUCGGUAUGAACGACCUCUUGUCACCUUUCCCUUCACGUCAACCCCAGACUAUCCAGAUCUAGUAGCGGGAUACGGCGUACCAGUCGCACUCCCACUGAUUAAGGUCGGAUAUCCCAAUGAUACCACUGCGAGGGAACGAGAUAAUCCUCCAUCCGAAAGCCUCAACUUCACCAUGACGACUUCUUUCUUCGCUUUCACUUGCGAUGAUUGGUCUAUCAGGACCAAGGCCGAGCUCGAUAACUCCACGGAGCCAUUCUUCGAAUACAGCAAUGCAGAAACUUUGGCAUUAGCCUUCACUUACUCUGAUGCAAGCCUAGCGAGCUUUGAUGGCGUUGCAUUCGCAUCUUUGAAUAAGGCGCCGGAGCUGAACCGCACCAAAAAUGAUACAUCUGGCCUUGAUAUCGCUGCUGACGCGGAGUACUCCUACAUCGAGUGUAGCCUCACCCAGGUUUAUGUUGACACCCAGGUCUCAUGUGUCCGGGACGUUGACUUCGGCACCGCGACUUGCAGUCGUGUCAAUGUAUCUGAGAUCACACAAGCGAAUACAACAAGGUUCAAAGGCUUGGCUUCCCACUACACCAAGGUGAAUGCUGUGCGACAAUACUCGGAAGACCUCAUCUACACAAUCAGCGCUCCCUGGGUUGCCGUCUUCGUGACUUGUACAGCCGCUCUCUUGUUCGCUGGCACGAUCAGUGUCGCCGUGGAAUCAAUGACGGUUGCGCCGGAUGUAUUGGGCUAUGUCAGCACGGUCGCGCGGAAUAGUCGAUAUCUUCAUCUACCGAAGACCAACUCAGCCAUGUCCGGUGGAGAGCGGGCUCGACAACUCGGCGGCGUUAAAGUCAUGAUGCAGGACGUCAAAGCUAAUGCGGAUGUCGGAAAGAUUGCCCUCGGUCUCAAACAUGAGAGCGCGGAGCGAUUGAAGGCGGGCCGACUAUAUCGCUAA